UGUGGUGACAGCGGCACCAUUCUUGCGUGAGCGGUGUCAUGGUGCAAAAGUCAAUUUUUGUUCCUCCAAAAAUCCGGGCUUUUCUGGCGGAUUUCUUUGCGCCAAUUGCGCAUAACUUGCAGGCAAUAUUCUUUAUUGACCGUACGGACUCUUAGCAACAACUCAUGAUGCAUUUCGCCCCUGCAAUCAAAGACUGUUAACAAAACCUUCACAUUCGACUAAACUUGACGCGCUUUUUUCAGUCGCGACCAAUGCGGCAGCUUGGGAUUGUCGAGCUCACGUAUUCAAGUUAUAAGCAUAAACCCAUGAUUCGUCAACAGUUAUAAUCCUCUGAAACAAAUCUGGAUCGUCCAACCUUAAGUCGAUACUUUUUGUAGAAACCUCAUAUUUUCGCCUUUACUUCGGACACUUCUUAGUGGCUUAAAGUAUUGAAUCGCUUAAAAAAUACCUCUCGAGGUAUUCAGCCUCUGAUGAGUUUCUCUAGCUCUUCUGUUGUGAGGGGUAUAUAUUUUGUUUUCUUACUAUCUUCCCUUCAGCAAAUAAACAUAAUUAAUGCAGAGUCUUCCCAUUCAUCUCAGAUGCAUACAUAAUUUUUAGAGAACACAGCCGCAACGUAAAGAGCCAAGUGCAGUUUGAAUCCGAGCGUUUCCUCAUUAUAAAUUCAAUACUUGACGAAAUUAGUAGACAUUUCCCAAAAUACAACUCAACCAGUCAAGGUCAGGUCAAAUAGUUCACUGAUUACAUAUCCGGCCGCUACUUUUCAAUGUCAUAAAAUGAGGCACUCAGCGCACUUAAAACUACAGUCUUCGUUUGGUGCUGCUGACACCAAGACGCAAUGUGGUUUGAAAGUUUAUUGCUCUUACUACUCCUUAUUGGAUUGGCUUACGCUUGGUUGUGUUAUCGGUAUGAUUAUUGGAAGCGCCAUCAGGUGCCAUAUUUGACGCCCACUUACGGCGUGGGCAAUUUGGGUGGCCUCUUUUCAAUGCAACGCAGUCCAGCAGAGUUUGUGCAGAGUCUUUACGAGCAUCCAGAAGGUCGGAGCGAACCGUUCGUUGGCGUACAUGUCUUCACACAACCGGCCAUUUUAUUACGUGAUCCUGAACUUGUGAAACGCAUUUUGGUGAAGGACUUUUCCAAGUUUUGCGAUAGAUUUUCCAAUUCUGAUUACAAAGGCGAUCCGUUGGGUUCUUUAAAUAUAUUUUUUCUGCGUAAUCCCGCCUGGAAGGAGGUACGCUUCAAGUUAUCACCGUUUUUUUCCAGUGGAAAGCUGAAGCAUAUGUUUCCUUUGGUGGAAGAGGUCGGUCGCGAGCUCGACAAAUAUUUGCUCUCUCAAACCGUUGACUGCAACGAAACUCAAACUUUCAUGAUGGAAAUGAAAGAGCUGUGCGCUCUCUACACAACAGACGUGAUAGCGACUGUCGCUUACGGCGUUCAAGCAAACUGUUUCAAACAACCGAAUGGCGAAUUUCGGCGACAUGGUCGCGCUGUGUUCAAGUUCAGUGUGCGGCGUUCACUAGAAUUUAUGGUUGUCUUCUUCAUGCCACACUUAGUACCCUAUCUAGGUUUCAAAGUUGUGCCACCGACUUCUACCGAGUUCCUGCGUGCCACAAUCAACUAUGUGAUGGAACAACGUGAGUUGUCGGGCAAAAAACGUAACGAUCUAAUUGAUAUACUUAUUGAAUUUAAAAAUUCGACCAAAAAUAAAAAAUCCGCCAGUGGACUCAUCUAUGAGGGUGACAUUUUGGUGGCACAAGCGGCGCUUUUCUUUACAGCCGGCUUUGAGUCAUCCUCGGCGACAAUGUCCUUUGCACUGUAUGAGCUUGCGAAACGUCCCGAUUUGCAGCAGCGUGUACGUGAUGAAAUUGCCGCGGGUCUAGAACUCACUGGCGGCAAAGUGACAUACGAAUUUAUAGAAUCAUUAGCGUAUAUGCAAAUGGUAAUCGAUGAGGUAUUGCGCCUCUAUCCACCGCUACCGUUUCUAGAUCGACAAUGCACCGCGCCGGUGGCGGAAGACGGUUACUCGUUGGAACCAUUUCACAAAUAUCGUUUGCCACACGGCAUGCCAGUUUACAUACCAGUUUAUGGCCUGCAUAUGGAUCCGCAGUACUACCCUGAACCGUCGAAAUUCGAUCCAGAGCGUUUUGCACCACACAACAAGAAACAGUUGACACCUUACACUUAUAUGCCAUUUGGACUGGGUCCGCACGCUUGCAUUGGCGAACGCUUCGCUAUGCUACAAACCAAAAUCGGACUCACCUAUUUUCUACUUAACCACAAAGUGACGACUUGUGCUCGCACCAAGAUUCCCAUGCAGCUGGAUCGCAAGGCGGUAGUGAUACAGGCCGAAGGCGGUAUUUAUCUGAAUGUUGUGCGCAGUCCGCUAUCUGAGCGUAUGUAG